AUGGCUGAGCCAGUAUCUUUUCUAUCCUUGCCUCGGGAGGUCCGGAAUAUAAUCUACGACUUAGUCCCAGUCGACAUCCCGCAUAGCAAUAUACUUAUCGCUAAAACUGCAUACACGUCCAGCGUAUUGCCUCUUCUUUAUGUGCACCCAAUUAUUAGCAAUGACCUCCAAAGUCGUCUUUACGAGAACCAUGUCAUCGUUCUACCAGUUCAAGAACCAAGCGAAUAUAGCACCAGCCAUAGUAGACUUUUGCCACAUCUUGAAACCUGUUCGAAACUGAUGAAGACUAGGAGCAAUCGACUGAUUGUUGAGGUCUCACAGACUCAGUCUCAUUACUCGAAGGACGGUGAAUCUUGUCAUGACUGGUGGUAUCUAAAGAAAGAUGCCGCAGCUUUCGCAAAGACCUUGAUUGCCGACAUCUCGCUCCUUAAGUCCCACCUGCCGAAUGUUGACAGUAUCGAUGUUAGAUUUUGGUGUAGUGAAAUGGCGCCAAUCAACGAUCACUGGGCACGAAAUUUGAAGAAGCUGCGUGAUCAGUGGUCAAAUCUUGUGCUGUCAGUGCGACUGUACGUGUUUGGCGGUUACGAUCAAUACAAUCGAAACACAGAAAGCACCCCACUGCCAGACAGAAUUCGAGCUUGGAAUGAUUGGUCCACAGAGGCGACAGUUUUAUUGGAAGUGAUUGAUUGUAAGCAAGAGGAUUUUCGUCAAGGAGUCCGAACCGGGCGCUUCAUAGACCUCGAGGAAUGGCCCCUGUGGAAGCACGAAGAGUAUUAUUGGGCGAAUGAUGAGGAAAGAGAUGAGAUGCUGCACUCAGGAUCGACCGAUGCUGUUCCAAUUUAUGUAAGCUUGUGCUUGGACCGGUGA